AUGGCGGUGGAGUUCACAAGUGGAAGGGCAGAAGACGGCUUCCGGGCGCGGCUGGUGCAGGCGCUGCGCUUACCGGCGCUCGGCGGGAGCCCACGUCGUCCGGCGGUGUCCUCCGCCUGGCUCGCCGCAGCCAUUUUGGAGCGGCGGAGACAAAGAGCAGACCCGCCGCCUGUGCCUCGACCGCCGGCCCCCAGCGCCGCCGCCGCCGCACCCUCCAGCCCGCGCCCGCUCCCGCACCCGUUCCCACACCGGUACCCAUACCCACACCCCGCGCCCGCGCCCGGCCUCUGGCGCUCGCGGCCAUUGGCCGCGCCUUUUAAGCCCGCGCCGCAGCCAAUCAGCGACGCCAGGGCGCGGGCGGGGGCGGCGCGCGCCGCCGCGCCUGCGCAGUUCGGCGCCCCUCCCCCCACGGCGGGGCCGGCGGCGGCGGGCGCGGCAGCCGGCGUGCUGCUCUGGCCUGCGAUGCAAGGGGCGCUGCCGGGGCCCGCCGGCGGCCCGCCGCCAGCCCCUGGACCCCCGGCGGGGCUGCCCAAAGGCGCGGCCGGCGCGGCGACCCCCAGCCUGCCGCGGACACCCUCGGCCGCCACCGGCGGGAUCCGGGCCACCCUGACGCCCACCGUGUUGGCCCCUCGCCUGCCGCAGCCGCCGCAGAACCCGACCAACAUCCAGAACUUCCAGCUGCCUCCAGGAAUGGUCCUUGUGCGGAGCGAGAAUGGGCAGUUGUUAAUGAUUCCUCAGCAGGCCCUGGCCCAAAUGCAGGCCCAGGCCCACGCCCAAGCCCAGCCUCAGAGCACCAUGGCGCCCCGCCCUGCGGCCCCCACAAGUGCCCCUCCCGUCCAGAUCUCCACCGUACAGGCUCCUGGCACACCUAUCAUUGCACGGCAGGUGACCCCCACUACAAUAAUUAAGCAAGUGUCUCAGGCCCAGACGACGGUACAGCCCACUGCAACCCUGCAGCGCUCCCCUGGGGUGCAGCCUCAGCUGGUCCUGGGCGGCUCUGCCCAGGCAGCUUCACUCGGGACGGCCACAGCUGUGCAGGCAGGGGCACCUCAGCGCACGGUCCCAGGGGCAGCCAGCGCCUCCACAGCUGCCACGGAAACCAUGGAAAACGUGAAGAAAUGUAAAAAUUUUCUGUCUACGUUAAUAAAACUGGCUUCAUCUGGUAAACAGUCCACAGAGACAGCAGCUAACGUGAAAGAACUGGUGCAGAACUUACUGGAUGGGAAGAUCGAAGCCGAAGAUUUCACUAGCAGGUUAUACCGAGAACUCAAUUCUUCACCUCAACCUUACCUCGUGCCUUUCCUGAAGAGGAGUUUACCCGCCUUGAGACAGCUGACCCCCGACUCCGCGGCCUUCAUCCAGCAGAGCCAGCAGCAGCAGCCACCCGCCUCACAGGCCACCACCGCACUAACGGCCGUGGUGCUGAGCGGCUCCGUGCAGCGCACGGCCGGCAAGACGGCCGCCUCCGUGAGCAGCGCCCUGCAGCCCCCUGUCAUCAGCCUCACGCAGCCCACACAGGUGGGCCCUGGCAAGCAGGCACAGUCUGCACCGCUGGUGAUCCAGCAGCCCCCGAAGCCAGGAGCCCUGAUCCGGCCUCCGCAGGUGACCUUGACCCAGACGCCCAUGGUCGCCCUGCGGCAGCCUCACAACCGGAUCAUGCUCACCACUCCCCAGCAGAUCCAGCUGAACCAGCUGCAGCCAGUCCCGGUGGUGAAGCCCACUGUGUUACCUGGAACCAAAGCCCUUCCUGCCGUCGCCGCGCAGGCAGCAGCCGCACAGAAAAACAAGCUCAAGGAGCCUGGGGGAGGUUCGUUUCGGGACGACGAUGACAUUAAUGAUGUUGCGUCAAUGGCUGGAGUAAACCUGUCGGAAGAAAGUGCAAGGAUACUGGCCACAAACUCUGAGUUGGUGGGCACGCUGACGCGGUCCUGUAAGGACGACACCUUCCUCCUCCCCGCGCCGUUGCAGAGAAGGAUAUUGGAAAUAGGUAAAAAGCACGGCAUAACGGAAUUACAUCCAGAUGUAGUAAGUUAUGUAUCCCAUGCCACACAGCAAAGGCUACAGAAUCUUGUAGAAAAAAUAUCUGAAACGGCUCAGCAAAAAAACUUCUCCUAUAAGGAUGAUGACAGAUACGAGCAGGCAAGCGAUGUCCGGGCUCAGCUCAAAUUUUUUGAACAGCUUGAUCAGAUUGAAAAGCAGAGGAAAGAUGAGCAGGAGAGGGAGAUCUUGAUGCGGGCAGCAAAGUCUCGAUCCAGACAAGAAGACCCAGAACAAUUAAGACUGAAGCAGAAGGCGAAAGAGAUGCAGCAGCAGGAGCUGGCACAGAUGCGACAGCGGGAUGCCAACCUCACAGCCCUGGCAGCGAUCGGGCCCAGGAAAAAGAGGAAAGUGGACUGUGCAGGGCCGGGAUCCGGAGCAGAGGGCUCGGGCCCCGGUGUGGCGGUCCCAGGCAGCUCCGGCGUGGGAGCCCCCAGGCAGUUCACUCGGCAGAGAAUCACACGGGUCAACCUCAGGGACCUCAUAUUUUGUUUAGAGAACGAGCGCGAGACAAGCCAUUCACUGUUGCUCUACAAAGCACUCCUCAAGUAACACAGGCUGCCGGUGUUUCUGACGGAGACGCCUGGGGACGUUUUUAUAUAUUUGCAGAUUGCGCCUUUUUGUAACAAGCAAAUGGGAUAUUGUUUAAAAACAGCCACCUCUUUGCAAUGGAACAGUUUUAUAUUCCAGUUUCUAAAUCAGCUCAGUGUGGAAGGAAACCUCUCCUGUAGCAGAGAACACAGGCCUGUGGAUGCUCCUGAAGGUCAGCUACGCCCCCGCUCAUCCUCGACUGAGUGGCCUUCUUGCCAAACAAGCCAUAUUAAAGACUGACGAGCCGUUCAGUGACCGCGCUGCCCUGCCAGCUCGCACAGCCCCAAGUCCUCGUGCAUUUUGGUUUAGUUCACCUAACGUACCACGUAGGUGUCUGUCUACAGCCAAUGACCUCAUUUCACUUAUUUUAUUUUUGUAACAGUCAGUUGGCUAAGCAAACUGAUUUUUAGACUAUUUAUCUUCCUCCUCUUCCCCACUCGGCUUGAAGUUCUGCAGGAACGUGCGGUUCACCGCAGCACCGUCACCUCGAGUGGGCCCGCCGUCCCGCCUGGUGGAGGCCGGAGCCCAGCGAGCGGCCCCUUCUGAAUGUGCUCAGCAUCUGUACAAAUGCAUUUUAUUUGCUACAGUUUGUGAAGCUGUAAGGUUAAAAGAAAUGAGAACUUUUUCAGCAUAAAUAUAUUUUACUUGCACUGUGUUUUUUAGCUAAAAGUGAAAACUUAGAUUAAAUAAAAUCAAAGUUGAGAAGAAUCAUCAAAAGACUGUUUCUCAGUGUGAAUCAAGUGUUGAAAAAUGGUUGGUGUAUUUUGUCAGUAAUUGUACAUAAUCUUUGGCACAUAACAUGAAAAUGGCUAUGUAAACUAUAAUUAUUUUGCUAAGAGACUGUAUGCCAGCCGAGGGCCGACUUUACAGACCCCAGAGCAAAGCCCCUUCUUUGUACCUAUUUUUUUAUUACAAAUAUACUAAUUGGUUCUUUAUAUUUUCAGAGGUUAUUGUAUUAAAUUGUCUAUUGAUAGUACUUUUAUGACUGUAAAUACUUGGGCUUUCUCCGUGUGGAUCCUCACGUUAGACUUCAGUCUGCGCCUGUGGACUGAAGGCUGAUCAGUAUUUUUUAUCAGCACCUGAGAACUGUUACACCUUUUAUUUUAUCUUUUAGGAAAAUCCCUGUCUUUCCAUUUUUUCAUGUAAAUUUUGCACAGUUACUUGUUCAUAUGUAAAUAUUUUACUUUCAAAAAUGAAGUUUUUAAUUGCUAUUGUUUUAUAUAGGAUUGAAAGAAAAUUAACUCCUUUAUUAAAAACAACUCUAUCUGUA